UCACAUGUAAGUGGGAUCAAUAUAACCAAAGGAUUUCACCUCAUUCUUGCAGAGGCUGUGGCAGGACUAACACUGGGGCUACAAUGACGAGACUUACUCUCCUGGCAGGCCUUUGCCUGUUACUGUGUCAUUUUGGUUCAGCCUCUCAGCUUAUAUGCUACUUCACAAACUGGUCCCAGUAUAGGCCUAAUACUGGGAAGUACGUGCCUGAUAAUGUUGAUCCCGAGCUGUGCACACACCUGAUCUACGCCUUCUCAGUCAUUAACUAUGCAAAUGAGCUGGUCACUUAUGAGUGGAACGAUGAGACUCUCUACAAGUCUUUUAACGGUCUGAAGCAGAGAAACCCCAGCUUGAAAACACUCCUGGCUGUUGGAGGAUGGAACUUCGGUACAGCUCAGUUCACCACCAUGGUGUCCACUCCAGCAAACAGACAGACGUUCAUCCAGUCCUCCAUCAAAUUCCUGAGAACUCACGGCUUCGAUGGGCUGGAUCUGGACUGGGAGUAUCCUGGAGCCCGGGGCAGCCCAGCAGAGGACAAGCAGAGAUUCACUGUGCUCUGCAAGGAGCUUCUGGAGGCCUACGAGGCUGAAGGCAAGGCUACUGGACAGCCCAGACUAUUGCUCACAGCUGCAGUGGCUGCUGGGAGAGAAAAUAUAGACAAUGGAUACGAAAUUGCUGAAAUCGCCAAGUAUCUGGAUUUCAUUAAUGUGAUGACCUAUGACUUCCAUGGGGCUUGGGAUAGUUUCACUGGGCACAACAGUCCUCUGUACCGUGGUUCCCAUGACCAAGGAGAGCUCAUCUACUUUAACACUGAUUAUGCAAUGAAGUACUGGAGGGAUCAGGGAGCCCCUGUGGAGAAGCUGAGGAUGGGUUUUGCCACGUAUGGUAGGACCUUCCGUCUGACGUCUACAGCCAGUGGAGUUGGAGCUCCAGCCAACGGUGCUGCUUCUGCUGGGACUUACACCAGAGAGGCAGGAUUCUGGUCCUACUACGAGAUCUGCACCUUCCUUCAAGGAACCAGCAUACAGUGGAUUGAAGAUCAGAAAGUACCUUACGCUACCAAAGGAAAUGAAUGGGUUGGAUUUGACACUCAGGAGAGCUACGAAACAAAGGUGCGCUAUCUGAAAGAUAAUAAUUUUGGAGGGGCCUUUGUCUGGGCUCUGGACCUGGAUGACUUUGCAGGGCAGUUCUGUGGGAAGGGAAACUACCCCCUCAUCAGUCACCUCAAGAAACUCCUGAAUACAGACCUGCCUCCUCUGCCUUCUCUCUCUCCAAACCCUACAUCUUGGCCUGGAGCGACAGAAACCACACAUGCUGAGCCCCAUAAAACUACUGCACCCCUUGCUCCUCCCUCUGUAGCUCCAGUCUCUGAGUUCUGCGAGGGCAAGUCUGAUGGUAUCUACUCAAAUCCUGAUGACCAAAAAUCCUUCAUCCAGUGUGUCAGUGGCAGGACAUUCACACAGAGCUGUCCUACAGGAACUGUCUACAAUAGCGACUGCAAGUGCUGCAACUGGUCAUAGAGCUGUAACUAGAUGCUGUAGGCAUAACUGAACACAGGCCAUUGACCUGAUACACAUCCAGAAGCACUUUGUUUGAGUAUAUUAAUAUAUUUGCAAAACAUAAAAAGUUACAUUCCUAGCAUAUAUUAGUCAUGGUUUAUCUACUGGCUUGAUACUGGUAUAAAAAGUAUUGCAUGUAUACUACUUAAUGGUCACUUACAUCCUUUAGUGUAAAAAUUGUGUCGUUUGCCAUUCGUUGUAAGGUGUAGACUUAUACUGUUGAGCUAACUGCAAUUAAUAAUUUUGUACUGUACAGAGAUUAUAUGUCAAGUCUAUAAUAAUAAAUGUUAAAAUGUUAUUAUUCAACCAGAAUAAAUUCUGAGACAUAUGCAUCUGAGUCAAUAAAUAUCAGGAAAGAGAA